UCGUUGCUCGUUGUCGGGGUGCGGGUGCCCGGUGCGGGAGCGGGGCCGCUGCCACAGUAAAAAUGUCUUCGCCUCCCAAAGAGAAAGCAGAGACGCGGGCCGGACACCCUCCUGCUGUGAAGGCUGGUGGGAUGCGGAUUGUGCAGAAACACCCACACAAUUCUGAUGCCAAAGAAGAAAAAGAUAAGGAUGACCAAGACUGGGAAACCAGCAGCCCACCUAAACCAACGGUGUUCAUCUCUGGUGUCAUUGCUAGGGGUGAUAAGGACUUCCCUCCAGCUGCGGCUCAGGUGGCUCAUCAGAAACCACAUCCUUCUGUGGAAAAGCUUCCUCACCCGCAACAUGUCAAACAGCACAUCCACCAACCUCGCAAGUGAGCUCUCCAUCAAAAUCUCAGCCAAACUGCCGUCAGUGAAUAAGUUUUCGAGAAACGAUGAAAACCCUUUAGAAUUCACACUGUCAAAUCAGUAAAAUUGACCUCCAAAAUAAUAUGCUGUUUCUUUUACUUUAAUUCUCAAGGGUUAAUAAGAAUGAAGACAUUGUUCAGCUGUUACCCCAGAUAGAAAAUUCUCUAUUAAGUAUUUGCCGAUCAAGGGUGUUUUUUGAUAAGAUUUUCUUAUUGCCAAGAUAAAACUUUAGUAUUAAUAAUAUGAUUAAUGAGCUUAAAACUUGUACUUUUAGUUGUGGUAUUGCAAUAGCAGAUAGUUAAGAUAGUUUUUAUGCUAAGCCGGUAAGGAAGAAUAGCCCUUUUGUACUGGUACCUUUACUAUCUGGAGGGAGUUUGUUGUGUGUGUUGAGACAGGAAUCAGUGGUUGUCUUGAUUAUGUAGAACCCUUGCAGUCUGCAGUAUCCGAUGGUGUUACACCCCAGUAGCUGUGCCCUCUGAUUUCAACUAGUGAGAUGAUAAAAGGGCCCAAAAACAUUCCCAAGUGGGCAGAAAUCCAGCUGAAUCUUCUUUACACCCCUUUGCACUUGCACAGUCGUGCUAAGGUUCUUCCAUUUGGAGGUCUGUGGGUAUGGAGAGGGGAGAGAAAUCAGUUACAAGAGCACUGCUGCUGUAAACAACUGAUUUGUGAUCUCAUGGGUCUCACUGGGCCCUGUAUUUUUGAGGUGAUGAUUUCUCAAUUCCAAUAGCAAGCUGAAGGAGCUCAGGACUCUCCAGAAUUGAACUUAAAAUAAACUGGCGAAAAAGCUGUUUCCUUUUUUUCGCUUACAGUUUGACGUCACUGUUUGAAAUUGAGAGAUACCAUUAGUAAAUGUGUUUAACUUUAUGACCCAACUGCUGUUGCGCAUCAUAUUUUUUCCUAAUCUUCUUAUUGUGAAUAAGGACAGUAGUGAUAUGAGGGAAUAAAAAAGUUACUUUUCAAAUAGGGCAAUCAGAUUAGUUUUGGCCACAUAAUUAAAUCUUUUGAUUGCACUGUUCAAAAUCACUUAGCUUUAUCAUUUUGUGUCUGCAACUCAUCUCUGUAAAACCCAGGAAAAUAAUUUUUCAAAUAUUCCACCUACAUUUUAAAAGCGUAUUUCUGGUUUUAACUGACUAUAAAUACAGUACAGCCUUUAGUACCCUGUAGGUUUAUAAAACUUCUAAUAACAUCAAAAAAGUGGGUACUGGAGUUAGUGCUGCAAACAUUCACCUGGCAAAUCAGUGAAAGUUUGGAGUCACCUGGGGCUUUACUAGUUCAUUUAUGUUUAAAAUCAAAUAGUAUAGAAAACCAGUGAGGUGAGGUUUGAAAAAUACUAUUUUUUUAAAAUUCUGCAGAUUAAAUAAUUAUUCCCGGAGUAGCUGAUUUAAAACAACAACAACAAAAUCAUGUGAAAUAUGGCCCAUUUCACAAGUGGAAUAACUCACUUCAUGUGGGUGAGAGGGACCUGGCAUUUCCAUCUCUUCAUAGACUUGAAAUGGAAAUGAUGUUUUGCAAAGGAUAUGCACGGAUAUAUUUAUUCUGCACCCAAGGAGGGAUGUACAAUCUGUAUAUGCAGUCCUUAUUUUCAAUUUAAUUAGAUAACCGUACUUGCCUUAAGGAACAAGCAUUGUUUGUAAGCAUUACUCUGUAUUAGAAUAUGCAUAAUUUUAAAAAUAUGCUUUCUGUUUCUGAUGUCGGUACGUCUGAGGCCUUGUUCGUAGCCACUUGUGAGUGUACAAGUGAUUCACACAUGAGUAACUCAUUCAUGAGGGUAGCAUUGUUGAGCCUUGUGGAAUAUCUGCACAAGAUAAUUUGCUGGCAGGAACGUUUGCAGAUUCAGGACAGAAAGUGGUGGCGUCUCGGUGGUGGUGCAGCCAGGAGCUGUCAGGGUGCUGCGUCAGUGAUGAAGCAGAUCAUCGCAGGCGCUUGGUACUGGUAGCUGUGGGCUUGAGAGUGAGCUGGGUAGUGUUGUGCCUACAUCUGAAGUUGUGUCUAGACUCCAGCUGUUGUCAAUGGUGAUGUAGUCAAGACAGUUGGUAGAGUUUAGGUAUGGCAUCUUUGACCAAAUGGAAGUGUCUUUCAAGAUGAGCUGGAUCACUCUCUACUCCAUUGACUGCAGUGGAAAACUAAACGUACCUCAGUGUAGAAGCAUAUGAUCAGGUGGGGCUGAGCACCUCUACUCUGUGUCUAGUAAUAGCUGGUAGAAACACGUAUUUCUAUCUUCUGAGAGCAACACCGCGUUUCCAUUCUAAUACUAAAACUUAGGAACAUGGAUGCUUUUGAAGUACGAACUACUGCUCCUGGUUGUUAAUGCAAUAUAUACAGCAUAUAUAGACAAUACCUGAAUUUUGUCUUUGAUUACUUAGAUGGAUAUGUAAGUUUGUACAAUGGAGUACAACUCUCGAGAUAGCUUUAGUGGCUUUUAGAGUGCAGGAAUUCCUAUAUGGCUAGAAAAUGUCUCUGUAUGAAAGCGUAUUAUAUAUUGUUGGGAGGUAUCCAUGUUUAUACACAGGUGUCCUUACCAAAGCAUUACCUUGCCCAAAAUAUAGAAUCCUAACUGGUGAUCUGAAUUGCCUGCUGAUGGUUAUUGAUACUUUCAAAAUGUGUUACAAUAACAUACAAGCACAGGACGUGUUCGGAUGUUACCUUGCAAUGAUUGCAAAAGAAAUUUUCUGUAAUUGUCACUGUGGCAAUAAUGCAACAAUAAAGCAUGAA